AUCGCUUACAUAAACUUAACCAACUUCACCAGCUUCAGCGAUCUAAUCUAAUUUAGUUUCGUUAGUGCUUUACGUCUCGCUAAACGCGUUUGUCAAAUAUUAACAAAAUGGACAAUUUGGAGAAACAGCUGAUUUGUCCCAUAUGCCUGGAGAUGUUUACAAAGCCUGUGGUCAUCCUACCCUGCCAGCACAACCUCUGCAGGAAAUGUGCUAACGAUAUUUUCCAGGCCUCAAAUCCAUACCUGCCAACACGAGGUGGCUCACUGACGUCCGGUGGCCGCUUCCGAUGCCCGUCCUGCAGACACGAGGUGGUUCUGGACAGGCACGGCGUUUACGGUCUGCAGAGGAACCUGCUGGUGGAGAAUAUCAUUGACAUGUUCAAACAGGAGUCCAGCAGCAGCAAGCCGGCGCCAGAGAGGAAGGAAGAGAUUCCCAUGUGCGACGUCCACGAGGAGGAGAAGAUCAACAUUUACUGCGUGACCCACGGCGUGCCCACGUGCUCCAUGUGUAAGGUGUUUGGAGUUCACAAAGACUGCGAGGUGGCACCCAUUAGCACCAUAUACCAGACAAAGAAGACGGAGCUGAGUGACGGGAUUGCCAUGAUGGUUGGUAACAACGACAGGAUGCAAGGCAUCAUAAGUCAGCUAGAGGAAGCGUGUCGUGCCAUAGAGGAGAAUGGUCGGAGGCAGAAGACUCUGGUGUGCGAGAAGUUCGACCAGCUCUACUCCAUCCUGGAGGGGAGGAAGAGGGAGAUGAGUCAGAAGGUGACGGCCGAGCAGGAAGAGAAGGUGAACUAUAUCCGGGGCCUGACCAGGAAGUACGGAGACCAUCUGGAGGAGAGCUGUAAGAUCGUGGAGAAGGGGAUCCAGACUAUGGAGGAGCCAGAGAUGGCUUUAUUUCUACAGAACACAAAGCCUCUCCUCAAAAUGAUUGCAGACGCAUCCAGCACAGCACACUUGGACAAAGUUGAGCGCGGCUAUGAGAACAUGGAUCACUACAGCGUGGAGUUCAAGAAAGAGGGCAGGGCCCUGCGCAGCAUUGACUUCAUCCAAGACGAGGAGGACGAGGACGAGGAGGACGACGACGGCGAAGCGGGAGCCGAGGAAGGAGAGGGGGCCCAGACUGUUUCGGGAGGCAGCGCUGUUACAGCCGCCUCCGUCCAACCCUCCGCCCCCCAGCAGAUGAGCUCCUCCCCGGGCGCAGCCAAGAGCGCCGCCUCGACCUAGCUGUCAGCCGCCGGCCCAAACAACACCUAAACCAGGAGCAAGAUAAGUUUUGCUCCUAGAUGUUGAUUUCAGGUCAGUUGUGAUACUUUUUCUCCCGGAUCGGGGAACAGCGAGACGGAUUUAGAUCUGUGCCGAAGGGAAAGACUGAGUUGCUGAGGUAGAUCUAAAGGAA